AUGGAAGGGGCGAGCCAGGAAGGUGGAGAGGCGGCGGUGUUGGUGGAUGAAGGGUUCGAGCAGAAGCUAAUGGAGCGCUACUUGAAGAGCUGUUUGAGCAUUCUGCCGCGGCCAUACGAGAGUCAGGACAGCGUGCGCACGACCAUCCUCUACUUCGUUACGUCGAGCCUCGACGUGCUGGGCUUCCUCGACUCGCCUGCCGCCGAGGCGCGCGGCCUCAUGCCCCCAGAUCUGCGAGCCACCGUCAUCGAGUGGCUCUACGCCAUGCACAUCCCUCGCCCCACCCACGAGGCAGAGGAUGAGGAGCACGCGGCGCCGCGUUGGGGCUUCCGCGGGUCGCCCUUCCUUGGUCUGCCCUGGCACGUGUGCGGCCAGGACGAGCACCAGCACGCCGCCGCGGCUGCGGCCGAGAGCGACGGUCGCCACGAGAUGGACUGCGCGCAUCUGGCCACCACCUACACGGCCCUGUGCACCCUGCGCGUGCUCGGGGACGACUUUUCGCGCCUCGACCGCGCCGCCAUCCUCUCCGCCAUCAAACACCUCCAGCAGCCCGACGGCAGCUUCAGUGCCAACGUGGGCGGCAGCGAGAGUGAUGUGCGGUUCAUCUACUGCGCGGCGGCGAUCUGCUACAUGCUCCAGGAGUGGUCCUUCGACACGUACGAGUACGCGAUGGCGCAGGGACCGGGCCAGGAGGCGCACGGCGGGUCGACCUACUGCUCGAUCGCGACGUUGGUGCUGACGGGUUUCCUCGACCACCUGCCGCACCAGGACAAGCUCACCCGCUGGCUUCUCGAGCGCCAGGUCACCGGCUUCCAAGGGAGGGUGAACAAGGACGCCGACACGUGCUACUCGUUCUGGAUCGGAGCGUCACUGAAGAUGCUCGACAAGCUCCACCUGGCCGACUACCGGCUCAGCAAGGCCUUCACCAUGAGCUGCCAGACCCCCAUCGGAGGGUUCGGCAAGUGCGUGGAGAAUCCGCCGGACGUGCUGCACACCUACAUGGCCCUGUGCGGCCUGAGCAUGAUGGGCGCCCCCGGCCUGCGCGACAUCCACUGCGCCCUCGGCAUGACCCAGCGAGCAGCCGGUGGCUUCGCCUACCCCCUGCGCACCGCCCGCGACGCCCUCGGCCUCACCCUCGACUGA